CCCAUUGCUGCUGCUUGCUGAGCGCUGCUCCGGUGACGCUGCCCUCGCUGGCGUUCGCAUGGCAGCCGAGGCUCCACGCCCACCCGCUGCACACCGAGACAGGGAUUCCCCUAAAAUGGUGGCACGUCUUUAUUGUGUCGUACUAGUAACUCGGGAAGCAGCGGCAGACAGCACUUAACCUCCCAUUCCCUUCUUGUACAUUUUUUUCUUUCUUUUUAGCUUAAUGUGCGGGCAGUUUAUGUAUUUCAUUUUUAAAAUAAAUCUAUUGUUCUGUGUUUUUGCAUUCACGUUCUCUCUCCGCCCUACUUAAGAUAACUGACUACAGUUCGCAUUGAAGCAAGCAUACAAGCGCACAGAGUGAAGAGAAGAGGGGAGCAGGGCUAGAGAAUGAGAGAAACGCAGCUGCUGCUUGUGCUAGUCUGGGCUCACACAUUGCUGCACCGUCGCACAAUCCGCAGGCGCUUCUGAAUGGGGAAGCAGGCAGGAGCAGUUGCAUGAGAUUGCUGGAAAGAAAGAAGAAGUGCCUUCUCCUGAAACAAUAAGAACGAGCGAAGCUGCCAGAGAGACACAGCCAGACAUCCACCACAACCAAACAGCCCUGCUCGGAUCCCUGGUCUCUCUCUCUCUCUCUCUCUCUCUCUCUGGUUUUUACUUUCUCUCUCUCUCUCUCUCCCUCCCUUCCUUUCUCUCUUUUUGUGCUCGGCUGGGGAAUUUGGCCUUUUUCGCACCCAUCCCUCAUCCAGACAGCAAGUCAUCCAUUCUCCUGCCGCUGAUCACUGGAGCUGGUAUUUAAGGAUUUGUUUUAUUCUGUCAUUUUUUUUUUUGUUGCCCUGGUUCGGACAGCCUUUUAUUUAUUUUUCGUAUUUUUUUUAUUUUUGAAUUGUCGUGGUGAAGGACGGCAGGGAAGAAAGUUGUUUUUGGCUGUGUCCUCCCUCCCUGCCUGCCUGCCUGCCUGCCUGCCUGUCUGCCUGACUGACUGACUGCCUUUCUUGGUUUGUUUAUUUUUGAUUUUUAUGUUACUGGUGGGACUCUGAAGGAGAGAACGAGAGAAAAACUGAAUUAAAGGAUAAACAAAAGGAAGUCGCUGUUCCCCAGAGGAGGAGUGCGGGUUGCUUCAUUAGAAAAGAAGAGACAGCUCGUAUUCAUUAUUUUUGUAUUAAGUCGUCAAGUUAAUUAAUCAGGACUCGCACCUUGUAUCCAACCCCCUGCUCGCCCGACACACACAAUGCGAAAGUGACUUAAUCAAAACUUUCACUAAAUUCACUUUGUGAAGAGCUGGACUCUCUGUUUCAAUCCCCCGGAAGGUAUUUCAUCUUCUUAAUCAGGGCAGCACUAGUGCAAGGGCUGACGUUUCGGUGUCAAAUCUUUGUCUUUGUUCUUUGUUUUCAACCAAAGCUCCAAGUUAGAUCACACUUUUAUCGUUUUUAUUAUUAUUAUUAUAUUAUUUUUUCAUUCUGUUUUAUUUUUUUGGGGGGUGUGGAAAGAGAAGGGGCCCUUAUUUUGAUCUCCCCUCCCCCUGCACACUGUGCUUUGACUCCAGUCCUGUGCCAUGGCUGUAAAUGUAUCGAUGAGCCGUGACACAAAAUGGCUGACUCUGGAAGUUUGCCGGGAGUUCCAGAGAGGCACCUGCUCCCGCUCGGACGCCGAGUGCAAAUUCGCCCACCCGGCGAGGAGCUGCCACGUGGAGAACGGCCGAGUCAUCGCCUGCUUCGACUCGCUCAAGGGCCGCUGCACUCGGGAGAACUGCAAGUACCUCCACCCACCGCCCCACCUGAAGACCCAGCUGGAGAUCAACGGGAGGAACAACCUCAUCCACCAGAAGACAGCAGCUGCCAUGAUGGCACAGCAGAUGCAAUUCAUGAUGCCUGGAACCCAGCUGCAGCCCAUGACCACGUUCCCUAUGACGUCCUCCUUGGCCAGCAGCCCCGCCAUGGCCUCCUUCAGCCCGUACCUGAGUCACAUGAGCUCUGGGAUGGGCCUGGUUCCCGAGCUCUUCCCCAACACUCCCAUGCUGGUCUCUGGGAACCCCACGGUCGCUGUCGGGGGCAGCUCUGCCGGGCAGAAGCACAUGCGCACCGACAAGCUGGAGGUGUGCCGUGAGUUCCAGCGAGGGAACUGCACGAGGGGGGAGACCGACUGCCGCUACGCCCACCCCAUGGAGACGGCCAUGAUCGACGGCUGUGAGAACUCCGUCGUCGUGUGCAUGGACUACAUCAAGGGCCGCUGCAGCCGUGAGAAGUGCAAGUACUUCCACCCGCCCACGCAUCUCCAGGCCAAGAUCAAGGCAGCUCAGCACCAGGCCAACCAGAACGCCGCCACAGCAGCAGCCAUGACCCAGCCAGACGCCCGAUCCCUGAAGCGACCCCUGCAGCCGACCCUUGACCUGGCUCUUCCUCCAGGGGCCCUGCAGCCGUUACCAAAGAGGCCAGCGCUCGAGAAAGCCAACGGUGGCACCACUGUCUUCAACCCCAGCAUGAGCAUGUUUCAUUACCAGCAGGCCCUGGCCAACAUGCAGAUGCAGAUGCAGAUGCAGCAGCCAGCCUUCAUACCGACAGGGUCUGUUCUGUGCAUGACUCCCACUGCUGGCGUUGGACUCCUCAAAUCCCCAAUGCCUGGCAAUGACUGCAGCUGGGAGAGGCGGGACUGGAGCAGCUGCAGGCUCCCCCACAGCCGCUACCUGUCAAUGCCUGGAUUAACUGUUCCCAUGAUGCACAGUGCUACGCCCUCCACUGUUACUUCAGCAGCAGCGUCUGUCACGAGUGUCCCUUUCGCUGAGUCUGCGGCUGCCAGUCAGAUCCCCACGCUAUCUGUCGAUGAACUGAACAGCAACAUGUUUGUCUCUCAGAUGUAGCCGUGGCCAGCCGAACAGCCGGGCGCUCCGAGGUUCUGCAGCAGCAAAGUGGAUCUCUGGUGUGUUUCCAUGGAAACCCGGUCAACCCUAGUGCCCCCACGGCAAAGUCCACAGUAAGCCUAAUCCAGCCCACACGUUAACCAAAAAAAAGAAUUCAAGGGAAUAAUAAUGAUGAUGAUGAUAAUAAUAAUAAUAAGAAGAAUGAUGUCCGAAUAAUUCAGAUGUUAAAGAGACACGUUUCCAAUACCAGACGGAUGUGAAUGUGAAAGAUGCUGACCGCACAGAGAGGCAGGGUGAGGUGCUGUGCUGCCCUGCGCAGCGCAGCGCACAGACAACAAAGAGCAGGCUUUUUAAAACUUCACUUGAAAAAGAAAAAAUAACGUAAGACUGUUGCUUUUACAGAAUAUUCAAAAUGGAUAUUUUUUAUUGUCCUGUGUCUGUUUUUAUUUUUCAUAAAAAAAAAAAAAAAAAGACGCAGAAAGUGUUAUCACUAUGUUCUGUUUACAUCAAAGUAUAUGUGUUUGUUUGGGGAAAGGGGGUGGGAGUGGGGAUAAUACUAUUGCUAAUAAUGUAAGUGUUUGAUGAGUGUACCCGAACCACAUGGUUUUAAUAAUGAUAAUCAGUCAGCACUUGGAGAUGUGGCUGCACCUUCACUGCACACGUUGUUUGGUUCCCCUAGAGCUCAAGGACGGUGAAACUUUUAAAACGAUAGGGCUGAGCCAGUUUAUACCUCGCUCUGGAUAUUACUUUAAAUGUCUGCCCCGGACACUAUCAGUUAUACAUUGGAGGAUUAUGAUGAAAAAAAAACCAAACCCCUUAUAAAUAAAGGGGGAUUAUCAUGUUUUUCAAUAAUGAUGACGGCGACGUCUUUAAUAAAUUUGAAAAAUGUCAUUUUUUUCCGCCACUCUGUUCAGUUGUGGUUUGUGAAACCAGCUGAUGGCCUACUAACCUGGGAUUACUGGUCUAAUUCCAGUCCAGGUCCAAAAUACUGACCUGCCCACAUUUCUGCACCCCCGGCUAGUCCAUAAGCAAGUCCUCAGGACUCCCCUGAAAACGAGACAGUGUCGCAUCUCAACGCUGUCCAAUCCUGCAGCAGCGCGGGAUGAGGCUCGUGUCGCUCACCUGCAGAGUUCAGACGCAGCCGUGUACCUGUGUGGGUUUGGGUGCAGCCACUUUGAACUGUAUAUCUGUAUAUUUUGAAGGUUGGGUACGUGAUCACAUUCCCUGGUCCUCCGUUGGCUCGGUACGCUUUGAUUCCGGGAUGGACACAAGUUGUCCUUUUGUUUUAUGCAUCGGAAACAAAAAUAUUAUCAAAAUCCGGACAGCCGUGGGAAUCUGAUCACGUGAAUACUACAGUGAUGGCCAACAGGUUUGCAUCACCCUAUAUAGAAUGAACUAGUUUUGCUUCAUGAAGUCCAAUGAAACCUGCUGAAUAAUGUUACACUGGCAUAUUGAAUUACAUACCGCUUUCUAAUGUGAAAUACUGUUCUACUAUCAUGGCUUCCGGUAGACUUUUGCGACAUAGUUUGGUAGUUUCUUUGAUUUACAUGAUGUUAAAUAAACGGUCUAAAUAGUCUCAAUCCUAGAAUUCUAGGUGAUGCUAAUUUUUUGGCCAUGGCUGUAGCCUCAGCCUGUGUUAGUGCCUGAUAAAGAGUUCAUGAGCUGAAGUUUAAAAGCACUAUUUCUCCCGAGCUUGGCUGGAGAGGACCCUUCUGUCAGCCCUCCCUCUCUCUCUGUCUCUCCUGGCACUGCCGCCUCGCCUCGAAGGGUUUUGUGUAAAUGGAAAGGGGCUUUACUGCACUGUUCAGCUGCUGUAUUGUUUUUCAUUGUUGUUUUUUGGAGGGGUUGUGUGGUGGCUGUGGGUUUGGUUUGGCGGUGGGUGAAAAGCUUGUCCUUUUAAAGGUUGGUAGAUGAGAGAGGAGGCUGGGAUCCUGCUUUCCAUGUGUUUGACAUGUUGGAUGAUCUCAUCUAUAGGCUGGCCGCUGCGCUGACUUGACCUAACCCAUGGGGAGUGAGCAGGGUGUGAGUGACCUGACGUAGCGACAGGUGCUGGGUAAUAAUCAGAAAGGGAGGGUUUUUUUUAUUAGGGGAGGGGGUGACCACCAGCCAUUGAGUGUAUUGAGGCUCUGAGGCCUUCGAGAGUCUCACAAACCUUCAUCUGUUGGCAGAGCCCAGCAUGGUGCAGCACACAAAGCUUAGCAUAGCUGCACCCCUCUUUCACUUACGAACACAGUGGCUGAUGUAGAUUUCUUUUCAAGUGGGAUAUUCAGGGUGGAUUGGUAGAUUUUCAGACCCAGGUGUGGUUGGAGCAUCGAAAAGCUUGAAGCACUAAAAAAAAAAAAAAAAAAAAAAGAAAGGAAAGGAAAACAUUUUUAUAUAUAUAUAGAUAUAUAAUGAGUUUGGGGGAACGGAGCGCCAUGUGCAGGCAGCACUAUUUGAAUUCGUUGUGCAAUGACAUUGACUUGGUACUUUUGUGUCUUUGUAGUUUUCAGUAAGUUAGUCGUCGAGACUUUAAAUUUGAGCUUAAAUCACGGUAGUGAUCUUUUAUUUUUACUUUUAGAAACAAAGUCCCUGAAUUGGAACAGUGACUCUAAACAGAACGGACCUUUUCCCCCGCUGUGCUGUGAGAGACAGGGCUUGGGGUGGGCUGGAUAGUGAGCCACGCUGGGGUGUGGAAGAGUGUGCAGCAGUGUGCACGCUCACAGGAUCUCUUGGAAAAGUGUGCAGCAGUGUGCACGCUCACAGGACCUCUUGGAAGAGUGUGCAGCAGUGUGCACGCUCACAGGAUCUCUUGGAAGGGUGUGCAGCAGUGUGCACGCUCACAGGACUUCUUGGAAGGGUGUGCAGCAGUGUGCACGCUCAUAGGACUUCUUGGAAGAGUGUACAGCAGUAUGGACGCUCACAGGACCUCUUGGAAGAGUGUGCAGCAGUGUCCACGCUCACAGGACUUCUUGGAAGAGUGUGCAGCAGUGUGCACAGGACCUCUUGGAAGAGUGUGCAGCAGUGUGCACGCUCACAGGACUCCUGGCCAUUACCGCAGGUAGCAAGAGAGAAAGACUCGUGGAGCUCGUAUUCAUUUAAUGUUAAACAAUA